UAUGACAGAUUAAAUUUCUCUAUUCGAUGAAAAUGAUGAAGACUUGGUUGCAGAUUAUGGAUUUGAGCCUUAAGAAAUAGAAGAAAAGAAUACAUUCUAACUUAAGCCAUUCUAAAUAGCCGAUUUCCCUCUUGAUUAGAAUCUUGUCUCAUUUGCAAUUAAUGAUCAUUGCAUUGUCUUUACAACUGAUAAAAAAAAGAUUUAUAGAUGGAGAUUCCUAAAUGAGGAUGGAUGUAUAGAAUUACCAAUCAAAACUGAAGUUGAAGGUGAUAUUACAGAUCAGAUUAUGAAAUUAAGUGGACAUGUAGGUAAACAAAUAGGAGGUGCUGUUCUCAAUACAGUUUCAAAAGUAACAAAACCUCUUUUUAAUGCAUCAAUGAAACGUUCAAAAAGAAUUGAUUCUGAAGAUGGAAAAUUAGAUUGUAUAUUCUUGGAACCUAAAGGAAAUCAUAUAAUUGUGGCUUCAAAUAAAGGGGAUGUCUAUCAUGCUUGUAAAGAUGAAGAAGAAGUUCGACUUUUAGAAGGUGUUGAUAAUUACAGCAUUCGUUUUUUCUUAUGGGGAGAAGGCUCUCUUUAUUCAUUCUCUAAUUGUAUUAUUAUAGCAUCAAACAAUAAAAUCUAUUCAUAUUCACUAAACUAUAACAAUGAUAAACUUAUGCAUACUGAAGUUUUGAGUAAAAACAUCUUACAAAUACCUGAAAUUGAAAAAAUUGUUGAUGUUAAAAAAGUUGUGAAAAACACUAUUCAUAUGAUCUUAAUUGUUACCGAUAAACAUAUCUAUAUAUUGAAUGGUACUAAAGAUCUUAAGAAACUCUUUUAAAAAUAUUAAGAAGCACCUGAUUUAUUUCUAAAAUCUAGAAUUGCUUUAAAAGACAAAUCAUAUAUCCCAAGAAUUUUUAUAGAAUAAUCAUCAAUUUUGUGGACUAACGGCAAUAAUAUACUUCUAUCUAACUAUUCUAUUUUAAUAGAAAAUUAAACAUUUUAGAAUUCAAAAAAACUUAAAAACUAUAAACGAUCAUCAACAGAAGAAGUUAAAUUGGAAUAACUAUAUGGUAUAGGACUUACAAAAUAUCAUUAUUAUCUUUUAACUUUUGAUACUUUGACUAUUAUAAAUUUACUCUCUAUGACAGUUGUAGCAUAUUUUGAUAUUAAUAUAAACUCUUCAGGAAAAGCCUUAGGAAUGUUAUAUGAUUAAGGUACUGAAUGUUUUUGGGUAUGGUGUACUAAUGGUAUCUUUAGAAUCAGUGUUGAAUUUGAAGACAAGGAUGCAUGGGAAUAAUUGUUAGAACUCAAAUCUUAUGAAGAAGCUUUGUAAGUAAAUAAAAAAUAUGAUUCUCCUUUUUAUGGUCAAGUAUUUUAUAUUAUAUAUAUUUCUUAGAUAUCAGGUAAAUAUGCAGAUAUACUAUUCAAACAAGCUUUAUAAUUAGAUCCAUAGAAACCUCCUAAUAAUGAAGACAUUCAAAAUGACAUUUCUGAAAAUACCUUUAUGAGAAAUAGACAUAAUAGAAGCACUAUGAAAGAUAGUCUAUUUGAUGAUAAAGUAGAAACGGUUCAAAUAUCUAGAGAAAUUGUAGAUAUGAAAUUACAACUAUAUGGAAAAGCAGCUCUAUAUUACUUUGGUAGUAAUAGAUCUUAUGAGUAAAUCAUUUUAUAAUAUGAAAUGGGAGAAAUUAAUUAUAAUAGAGAUGGUUUGAUAGGUAUAUUAUUUUAAUUAAUAUUACAAUAGAAUAUUAUCUUAAACCUAUGGCUGAUCUAUUGGAUAAAGAAUUAAAAUAAAUAGUAUUCAAAAAGAUUUUAGAACUUCUUAUGCUUUCAAUUACAAAUUAAGGAAUAAUAAAGUCUUUUUUAGAAUAAUAUAAAGCAGAUUUAGAAGUAGAUUCAGUGAUACCUACUUUAAAAGUUCAUGGAUUAACAUAUUUAGAGACUUAUUUUAUUGAAUUAAAAUAGGAUCAUAAAACAGUUGUUUAAAAUUUAUUAAUUUAAGAAGAUUAUAAAUCAGUAUAAGAGAAAUUAUCAUCUUUAAAUGAUAAUGAUUUAUUAAUUAAUCUAGUUUAUAAAUACUCUUAUGUAAUUAUGAAAUAUAAUACAUAAUAAACUUUAGAUUUAUUUAAGAAAAUUGAUGCUUUGGAUGCUUAAAAGAUGCUUUCAAUUUUAUUGGAUGUUCCUCUUAAAAGUAAAGAAUUAGCUAUUCAAUUUAUGUAAUAUUGUAUAUUUGUAAAAACUCGUAAAAUCACUGAUAUAAAUUUUAAUAAUUUAUAUCUUUAAUAUCUUGCAGAUCUUAAAAAGGUAGAAUAAAUUAUGUAUUAUAUUAAUGAACAAAUUAAUUAAAAUGAAUAAGGAGAAAAAUAUAAAUUUGAUUUGAAUUAUGCAUCUUAAUUAUUUGUGAAGACAAAUUUAUUAUAACCAUAUGUUUAUAUAUUGUAAAUGUUAGGUGAUUAUGAAAAUGCUAUUAAAAAGGCCAUAGAAAUAGAUCUAAUUGAAGAUGCAAAGAAUAUUGCAUUAAAAUGUGAAGACAAUAAUAAAUAAAGAUAACUUUGGAUUCUAUAAAUUAAAUUAAUGUUGGAGAAGGGUGGAAAAUAUGUUAGAUAGAUAGUUCAAUUAACUAGAGAAAUUCCCUUAAUUAAAGCAGAAGAUAUAUUGCCUUAUUUAACUUAAAAUAUUAAAUUAGAUGAUUUUAAAGAUGAAAUUUGUGAAACUUUAGAGGAAUAUCAUGAUUAAGUUGAAAAAUAAUAAAAUGAACUUGAAGGAUAUAUCAAAUCUAAUGAAAAUUUGAAAAAAUUAUUAUUGUAAACUAGUAAUAGAUAUAUUUUUGUAUCCUAAAAAACUAAAUGUGAAAAUUGUUUGAGAAAACUAUUUCAAGAAGAUUAUAUUAUUUUUGAAUGUUUACAUGGUUUUCAUAGAGAAUGCAUUUUAUAAUAUGUUAAAAGUAAUCCUACAGUAUUAGAUUAAAAAACUUAUUAGAGUUUGCUUUAUUUAGAAAAAUAAUUAAAUGAUAUUGAAAAACUAUAAAUUCAAACAAAUUAAAGUAAACCUGAUGAAUCAAUAUUUGGAUUUUUUACUGUUUAGAAUUAAAUUACUUUAAAUAAUUAAAGAAAUGCUAGAAAUGAAUAAUAAAAGAAAUAUUAAUAAGAAUUAAAUGAUAUUUUAUCUAAGGAUUGUCCUGUAUGUGGGAAUUUUAUAUUUGAUUAAGUUCUAUUACCAUUAGACAAUGAUGAGUAUAUAGAAGAGACUUGGUUUAUUUGA